AGCAGCAUAUUUGUCACUGGAAAAUACAUGCCACUGGAAACUGAAAGUCAUGCAGUGGCAUUCCAUCACCUCAGUGGAGCUCCACAGGGAAUGGUGAUGUAAACAUUGCCUCAGGCACAUUUGGUUGCUCUUAAUAAUGUUGAGGAAUGAGGGGGUCUGUUUUCACUGAAUUGGUAAUUAUGAGGUGCAAUCACUCACUGGUUCCUUGCUGUUAGUGAGUAGGCAAGUUCAUUUGCAGUAACUUACUGUUUUAUUGUAGUAGUGGAAAAAGAGGCCUUUAAUAAGGUCUGCGAUAUGAAAAUGAACAGGUGGAAAAGUGGAACCUACUUGUGUGUUUUGUCCUUGAAGAACAAAUCUGGGCAACAGAAGAAGGCAUGUGAUACACUGGCAUGGCUAGUUUCAGAAAGAACACACCAGAGGCAGUUCAGGUAAGAAGUGCACUGAUGUUUCUUUUCUCCUGGAGCAGCUGUGACUUUUUUUUGGAACUUUUUUUCCUCACAGAUAUUCAUCAAAUGCCAGUGAUUUUCUAGUCUUUGUAUUCUCUUGGAGUAUUGUUUUGUUGUUAGUAUGACUCAAGUUUAUUAAUGGAGGAUUGUCACUGAGACACUGAUCUUAUAAGUCAGUUCCAAAUGAAGAUCUGAAAUCAUUUCAUGAAGAAAAGUCAAAAGUCUUUUCUUUGAAGGAGGAAUUUGUAGGAAAUGCAAGAAAGGACUUGGAUAACAGCUCUAGCUUUCAAAUUCAGUUAUGUGUCAGACAGCUAAAACUCAUCUGCACUAUCAUUUACAAUCUGAUUUUGGGUUUUUUUCCUUGACUCAGAUGAAUCACUUAAAAUGGGAUGAAACCUUAUGCAAAGUUCUGCUGGGGAGGCAAAUGCAGCUGAUCACUUUCCAUCAGCUGCUCUGCACGAAGAGAAGUGGCACAUAAAUAGCCAGUGAAUAGAACACAGCCUUACACUGAAGGCACCAUGCAAGUCCUCUUCCUCCUCCUCGCAACUGCAGGGCUUUGCUGGGGGCAGUACAACCCCAACACUCUCCCUAAGAGAACCUCUAUUGUGCAUCUCUUUGAAUGGCGCUGGCAGGACAUUGCUCUGGAGUGUGAACGCUACUUAGCUCCUAAUGGAUUUGGAGGAGUUCAGGUUUCACCUCCAAAUGAAAACAUUGUCAUUACUAACCCGAACAGACCCUGGUGGGAAAGAUACCAGCCCAUUAGCUACAAGCUCUGCACUCGAUCAGGAAAUGAACAGGAAUUCAGAGACAUGGUGACCAGAUGCAACAAUGUUGGAGUUCAUAUCUAUGUGGAUGCUGUCGUCAACCAUAUGUGUGGGGCUGCAGGUGGCUCGGGCACACAUUCUACCUGUGGAAGCCAUUUUAAUGCUGGGAACAGAGAUUUUCCAGCUGUACCGUACUCUGGCUGGGAUUUCAAUGAUGGCAAAUGUCAUUCUGGAAGUGGAGAAAUUGAAAAUUAUGGUGACAUAUAUCAGGUGAGGGACUGCCGCCUGGUCAGCCUGCUGGACCUGGCCCUGGAGAAGGACUAUGUGCGCUCAAAGGUUGCCGAGUACCUGAACCACCUCAUCGACAUUGGUGUAGCAGGAUUCCGACUUGAUGCUGCCAAGCACAUGUGGCCUGGGGACAUAAGAGCAUUUCUGGACAAGCUGAAAGAUCUGAAUACUCAGUGGUUUCCUGCAGGAACGAAACCUUUCAUUUACCAGGAGGUAAUUGACUUGGGUGGAGAGCCCAUCAAAGGCAGCGACUACUUUGGAAACGGCCGAGUGACAGAAUUCAAGUACAGUGCCAAACUGGGGACAGUGAUCCGCAAGUGGGGCGGAGAAAAGAUGGCCUACUUAAAGAACUGGGGAGAAGGUUGGGGCUUUGUGCCUUCCGACAGAGCCCUGGUCUUUGUGGAUAAUCACGACAACCAGAGAGGACACGGGGCUGGUGGAGCUUCUGUUCUAACCUUCUGGGAUUCCAGGAUGUAUAAAAUGGCGUCAGGUUUCAUGCUUGCCCAUCCGUAUGGGUUCACACGUGUGAUGUCAAGUUUUCGCUGGCCAAGAUAUUUUGAAAAUGGAAAGGACAUCAAUGACUGGGUUGGACCCCCAAGUAACGCGGAUGGCUCCAUAAAGCCCGUUACCAUCAACGAGGACACGACCUGUGGCAACGACUGGGUUUGUGAGCAUCGCUGGCGGCAAAUCAAGAACAUGGUUAUCUUCCGUAACGUGGUGGACGGUGAGCCUUUCUCCAACUGGUGGGACAAUGGCAGCAAUCAGGUGGCUUUUGGCCGUGGUAAUAAAGGCUUCAUCAUCUUCAAUAAUGAUGACUGGAAUAUGAAUGUCUAUGUGCAAACUGGACUGCCUGCUGGUACCUACUGUGAUGUUAUUUCUGGACAAAAGGAAGACAACAAGUGUACUGGAAAGCAGGUGUUUGUUUCUGGUGAUGGAAUGGCUAAUUUCCAGAUUAAUACUGAUGCUGAAGAUCCGUUUAUUGCAAUUCAUGUUGAUGCCAAAUUAUAAUUCGGGAGAAAUGUCCUCCUCUGUUUGGUCUGUGUAUUACUGUUUCCCCCAUACGUUAUUCCUUGGUUUUUGAGCAUGAGUGACUUUCUGUUGAAUAAUAAAUGGCAUUCAAAUUGAA